AUGGUGGGCUUAGAAAACUCACAGUGGUCAACAGAUGCCGAAAGAGGAACAGUGUGUCGAACUGCCCACAGUCGCCGAGCUGCAGCAGCCUGUUUCUCCUCUGCUAACUGUAACAGCAGCAGCAGUUGAACCCAAAGAGUCGCAGCAGCAUACCAACCAGUGCAACGUCUCCCAGCCCCACCUCACCACGUUCUCCCUCCUGGCCGAUGUUCUCAGCCCCAUCAAGUCCUCAACCCACGUCCUCUGCCUCCAGUGACUCAUCCCCUGUCAGUAUUGUGGGAAGGAAGGCUCGAGCACUGUAUGCCUGCAAGGCAGAGCAUGACUCCGAGCUGUCCUUCAUUGCUGGGACCAUCUUUGAGAACGUUCAUGCCUCCAGGGAGCCCGGUUGGCUGGAAGGCACUCUGGACGGCCGAACAGGACUAAUACCAGAAAACUAUGUGGAGUUUUUAUAGUCCAGGGCUGAGAAGAACUUGAACUGAAUGAUACUGGACUGGAGAUGACCAAAACUGGACUGUUAAGAGGUCUAGAUUUGACUGAACAGACUCUAUUAGAUCAUAUGCUAUAGUGAACUGGAUCAUUGUUGAUGAUGCCGCUCUUGUCUUGACUAGACUGGGAAUUGAAACUGGACCAAGCAGAACAAUAUUGAAUGAAUAUGACGUAGGAACAGAGCUGAGUGAACGGGGUCGGGGUGGGGGUGGGGGGGACCCAUGAAUUGCACUGGAAACAAAAGCCCCACUGUGGUUCUGGCUGUUUUUGGAUUAGUGGGGAUGACUUCCCAAGUCCUGGUGAAGAUGAUGUGGUAAUGAACCUGGAAUGUGUGUGAG